AUGGCUUCUAAAUGGCCAAAGCUCCCCGCAAAAGCGGCAUAUCUGACCCUCUCUAAUCCCCAGAGCCGCAACGCCCUGUCGCUCUCUGUACUCCGGGAUCUGCGGGACCAGCUCCACCAGUACAACACUUCGCCAGUGGACAACAAGGUCCGCCUACUGCCGCCUUUCGACCCCAAUCUCCUCCAUGGCUUUGAGGCAGCACAGGCGCAGACCGACCCCUCGGCGGUGCAGAAGUACGGCUGGCUACUGCACAGCGCGCAGUGGCACAGCGCGCGGGCCGGGCUGCCCACGGUCCUGGUGCUCCGCAGCGCCGGCCCGGUCUUCAGCGCCGGCCACGACCUGAAGGAGCUGAGCCGGCUCGGCCCCGCCGAGGUGCGCGAGACGUUUGCCCUCUGCGCCGAGGUCAUGACGCUGAUCCGUCGGUCGCCGGCCCCCGUCAUCGGCGUCGUCCAGGGCCUGGCGACCGCGGCCGGUGCGCAGCUCGCGCUGACCACGGACUUGCCCGUCGCGCGGGUGGAGACCCCGUUCCGCCUGCCGGGUGCCGCGAUCGGGCUGCCGUGCACCUCGCCGGCGACGGCGGUGGCCAGGCGGCUGGGGGCACCGCUGGCGUACAGGAUGCUGGCGCUUGCGGAGCCGGUGCGGGCGGACCAGAUGCCCGCUGGCGCAAUCGAGACGGUGGUGGACGACGAAGCUUUGGAGAAGAGGGUUAAGGAGAUGGUCGAGCGGCUGGCCGAGGACACGGCGGGGAUGCCGCAGGCGCUGGGGAAGUGGGCUUUCUGGACACAGCUGGAAGCUCAUCGGUUCCGCGAUGAGGAGGCAGAGGAUGGUGUGGAUGGGUAUGAAAAGGCAAUGCGGUGGGCUGGAAGGGUUAUGGCUUUGCAUGCUCGGUCGGACGAUGCUGCAGAGGGCAUAGGGGCUUUCCUGGAGAAGAGGUCACCGGCAUGGAAGACCUAG